CAUAUUUUGUAUGAAACAAACUGUGAAGACUAAGGUAAAGCAGAGCCCAGGGAAAUGCAACACAACGCAGUCACUCCUACAUCAGAUAAUGGAUGAUGCAGUAAAGGUAAAAAAUGUGCUUCUCCUGACUUGCUUGGCUCCUUUCCUCUAUGUAGCUUAUUGAAUAUUAUUUUUACAUUCUAUUCCUCAGAUUCAGAGUUUAUGAUUUAUUAAUAGAGACUCAUUACAUAUCUGAAGACGGUGAUGAAAAAUCAUUCUUCAAUAACAUUCAUCCUACUAGGAUUAACAGAUGACCCACUACUACAGGUUUUUCUUUCAGUAUUUCUGUUUCUCACCUACAUUUUCACUGUUGCUGGAAAUCUCAUCAUUGUGCUCCUCACUCUGCUGGACCCUCACCUUAAAACACCCAUGUACUUUUUCCUUCGGAAUUUCUCCAUCUUAGAAAUAAUAUUUACAACUGUCUGUGUUCCUCGAUUCCUGUAUAGCCUGACAACUGGGGACAGAAGGAUUACCUUUAACGCUUGUGCUGUCCAAUUAUUUUUUGUCAUCCUCAUUGGGGCAGCGGAAUUUUUUCUUCUAACUGCCAUGUCCUAUGACCGCUACGUGGCCAUCUGCAAGCCCCUGCACUACACCACCAUCAUGAGUGACAGGGUUUGCACCAUUCUUGUCCUUUUGUGUUGGCUGACUGGGUUAAUUGUCAUACUCCCUCCGCUUAGCCUAGCAGUUCAGCUGGAUUUCUGUAACUCCUAUCUCGUUGACCAUUUUGGCUGUGAUGCAUCUCCUCUUCUGAUGAUUGCAUGCUCAGACACUCAAUUUAUAGAGCAGCUCGUGGUAAUCAUGGCUGUGCUGACCCUCAUUUUUACAUUAGUCUGUGUAAUUGUGUCCUACACAUACAUCAUCAAGACUAUUUUAAGACUCCCUUCAGCUCAGCAAAGAAAAAAAGCUUUCUCCACCUGUUCUUCCCACAUGAUUGUAGUUUCCAUCACCUAUGGAAGUUGCAUCUUCAUCUACAUCAAACCAGCAAAGGAAGGCGUGGCCAUGAAUAAGGUGGUGACAUUGCUCAACACGUCAGUCAUCCCUCUGAUGAACCCUUUCAUUUAUACUCUGCGGAACAAGCAAGUCAAGCAAGCCUUCAAGGACUCAUUAAAAAAGAUGGCAUUUCUUUCAAAGAAUUAGGAAACUAAGAAUUCUUCAAAAGUUAAAAACAUAUACAUAUAAAUAUUUCAUCCAAUAGUAGUUCAUCUCCAUGGGUCUUCAACAAUUCAAGUCGACACUACAAUACUGAAAUUACAGUCUGCUUAACCAUCAAAAUUUAUUUUUUAUUACUCUUAGAAUCACAGACUUAAGUAAGCACUAUAGUCUUAAUUCAAAUAAAACUUCUUUUAUAGUGGUUUCCUUUCCUAAUUGAGCAUGAAUAUACACUUUCAUAAAGUCCGAACAACAUCUCAUCAUUAUGUCUAAAAUACGAACAGACAGUAAAAAUUUAGGCUGUAUUUUAGUCCACUCA